CCUGCUGUGACAAUGUAAUCGAUCGGCUGGGUCCGAGUGUGGGUGUGCAAGACGAGGGUGGUGGCCGAGAGUGAGAGGGUAUGUGUACUGUAGUAUGCAGCUCUAUGAAGACAAGAGUGGGGGGCGAGAGAGAGAGAGAGAGAGAGAAAGAGAAAGUAUGCAUACUGUAGUAUGCAUCUCUAUGACGUCCUUGGAAAGGAGUGCCAGAACUGUUACAGAACUCGAAAGAGGAGGGUUUGUAGGAUACGAUCGCUCUGAUCUUCGGAGAGACUCGUGCGUAUGGCACUGCAGCUGGGCGGCUACGCGGGGUAGGUUCUCCGAAGUGCGAGGGUGAGACGAGAGCUGCUGCAUGCCCCUCGUCUCCUAAUUCUUCUUUCUUUUCUCUUUUCUUUCUUACCGUGGACAUGUCAGUAUACAUUACACAUGCGCCAAUUAUCAAGCUGCCCAGAAGCUUAUCGAAUGGUAAGUGGGCAGACUUUUUGCGUGUCAGCAGCAGGCCUACCCCCCUUCCCCAGUACUUAUUUGUCAGCAUGCUCUGUGGGUGGUUCUGGGUGCUAAGGUGAGUGAGUGCCUUACUUCUGAAGCUGGUGCUUUUUCAUCUUGUCAGCUCUAUACCUGAAAUGUCAUGUUUACGCAAAAGAUUGUCCUACGCGCCCAACCUCGACCCUCGUCUAAUGCUUACAGAUCUAGACCCUUGGGACAAACCCUUAACACACCAGACUCCUUGGAGACGGGAGCAGUUAUGGACUCGACUUUAAGGAAGAACCUCAUUUCGAGACGCUGUCAAUGCAGAAUCUUCAUAACAAAAGCAUCUAUCAUUGAUUGU